AUGGCUGCAGCAGUGGACCUGCUCGCCUCCAUGAUCUACGGCCUGCAGGGCGAGGUUGUUGGUCUCCUGAGGACCAACAACUUCCUCUACACCCUGCCCCUGGCGCUCGGGGCCUGCAGCAUGCGCACGCGGGAAGCGGGUUUUUGGCUGCUAGGCAGCGCCGCCGAGCACAGCAAGGAUCAGGUGAUUCCCUUGCUGCCGCACAUCCUUGACCUCCUUGUCGCAGGCCUGCAACACUCCGCAAGCACCGCUGUGAACUGGGCUGCGGCCUGGGCCUUGGGAGAGCUGUGCCAGCGCACAGAGCCGAGAAUUUUGGAGCCGGUGAUACCCCAGAUCGGCAAUGCCUUCUUGGCAAUCUUCCAGCGGCGCAUUGGCGUUGAUGUGCUGCCUGGGCACCUGCAUGCGCAUCGUCAGCUGCUGAGUGCUACCUGUUUCACCCUCAUGUGCCUGAAGCACACCUCGACACUCGGCGACAAAUGGCCGAGCCUAGCAUGCCAAAUCCCUGCAGACACUGUGCUGCACUUAGAGAGCCAAUAUGGCUAUGGCAACUAG